UACAGCAGGGGGAACCAUUGCUGAGUGACACGAACAUUUUAUCGUGGCGGACCAACAUGGCCACACUUGGGAGGGGGGCAGCCUACCUCCGUUUCCUCAGGAGUUCUGCUCGUGUCCUGCUCAGCGGUCAAAAACCUGCAGUGCACAAACCGGGGAAAUGGACAAAGGUCUUGUACACAAGUUUAGCAUCCUUAACCGUCGGCGGUGGGCUUUGUGCUGUACCUUUCAAACAGGUUGAAAACCUCUCUCAUGACUCUCUGAUCAGACGAGCCGCCUCACUGGUCACAGACAGUUCAAGCACUUUUCUCUCACAGGCCACCUUGGCUCUCAUAGAUGCCAUCACAGAGUACUCAAAAGCUGUGCACACACUCGUUGCUCUCCAAAGGCGACAUCUGAACUCACUGGGAAAACUGAGUCCAGCGGAAGAGGAUUCAGUCUGGCAGGUGAUCAUUAGACAGCGUGCAGAGGUUAAUGACAGACAGGAUGAAUGCAAGCGCUUCGAGUCAACCUGGAUCAGCGCAGUCAAGAUGUGUGAAACAGCAGCUGAGGCUGCGUACACGUCAGGAGCCGAGCAUGCGUCCAUCACAGUGAGGACAAACAUCCAGGUGGCCCUGUCGCAGGUGGAGGAGGCACAGAAACUGUCGGCGGAUGCAGAUAAAAAGUUGGCCGAGACUAAAGUAAUGGAGAUUGAGAGGAUGGCACAAUAUACUGCCUCGCAGAGUAAGAACGAUGAGGAAGAUAUUCCUGAAGCUUAUCUGAGAGAAGACUAACACAAAUGUCCAAAGGUAUCAGAAAACAGAGGAGGGUAAAAGUAAAUAUAACUUCUCCAUAUUAAGGGUUUGAUGUCAUUAAAGACCAUUUGAUCAUCAACUGCUUAUUCUGCAUUGAGCAUUACGUUUUGUUUUAUUGUUGUGAGUUGAUAUUUCAUAUUUUGUCAGAAUACAUUGUAAUAAAGAUAAGAAGGUGUAAGAAAAAAAUGUUUUUGGUCUUCACUUGAUGCAGUAGUCAAAGAAAAAUGCACUUUUUUGUUUAUUUACUGGAUGGAUAUUUUAAGUGAUUACAUUUGAUAUUUUAGUGCUAGUGUUUGAUUCUUUGAAACUUUGAAGCAAUGCUGUAAACACAGCAAACCUCCGAGACACCACACAAUGUUCCCAGUAACACAUUAUUUGCAUGUUAAUGUUUAGUUUCAUUGGCACAAUUGAAUUUCCCACUGACUCCCACUCACCGUUCCUUUAAGACCAUCUCUUCUAAAGGCCGUGUUGCUUUUCUUGCUACUUGUAUCUCUCUUUUUCACUCAGCAGCUCUACCUUCACUGCAAAUUACCCAUGUCCUGACUUUCUCCUGUGGAGCUUUUAGGCUGUUUCUCAGCUCACCGCUGUCAACACCUCAUCUACAGCGUUGUCUCUUUCUACACUGUCAGAGAACACGAAACAAACAAAUCUACUGCUGGUCAGCAUUUGAGAAAAAAAAACUGACACCUUGGAAAUGGAAAACAAGAAUAUUUCACAACUGGAUAGUUAAGUUUCUUGUACAUUGUUAAGUCAAAAUCAGAUUGAAGGGAGUUGGUUAAAACUUGUGAAUGAGAAGAACACAGACUGACACCAUUUGCAUGUAGAUAGAACAUCAAUUUCCUAGAUUCAGUCAUGAAUUAGAAUCUCAAUUUCAAAUGAGUUACUCUGCGUAUCUACCUUUCUUUGUAAGUUUAAUGAUAGGUUCAUAUUGUCUGUCUUAAAACUGUAAAAUGGCCUUAAGAAAAUAAAAACUUUUUUUUACUUGCA